CCGCAGCCCUCUAAGAGAAGCCCCCAGGGGCCGGGGUGUAUCGAGCCAGAGGCUAACUGUGCCGAGGCGGGUCCGAGCCGAGAGCGCGAAGGUGAGGUCCUCGCCGGGCCUCCGCAGCCCGCAUAAAGGCUGGCAUCUAAUUUGCACGAGACCCAUGUAAUCGCUGAGACCUCCACGCUGCUCGUCGCCCUCUUGUCCGAUACGUGUCCCUCACCUCGGCCGCUCCCGAGCCCCCGCAGGCCGAGUGUCCCGCGCCCCACCCCUGGCCUCCCGCCAGCCCAGGCUCUGGGACUUCGCCUUAAUUGGUGAUUAGUCUCAGCUGGAGUCCCGGGGCCUGGAGGGAAGAGGGUCGGGCCACAGGGCGGCACCUGGAUUGUGUUCCCCACAAAGGACUAACUCCCUAGACGCGCAUCCCCUGGUGGUCCCCCGCCCGCGCGCCUGGGGACAGUCCCGACCCCAGGACAAAUUCGUGCAGGCCACCUAGCUGUUCUCCACCACAGAUGCAGAGGGGCGACCCAGGCCGACCCCGCCGACAGCCUUAACCCCCAGCCGGCGCUCCGCACGCAGCCCCAGCCCCGAGAUGCGGGAGGCCGGAGGCCCGGGGCGGGGGAGCUCAGGCCUCGGAGGAGGGGCAGAGGCGCUGGGGACGUGGAGUGGGAACGUGGUGGUGCCUGCGGGAGGGGGAGGGGCGGGGGCGGGAACCCCGCGCGGGCAGGAGAGGGAGCGCUAGGGGGAGGCGGAGCCGGGCCGCAGAGGCCCCUCCCCGCGGCGGCACCGCGGCCGGGCCUGUUAUUCGGCUCGCUCUCGGCCGGACCCGCGCAGCGCCAGUGGCUCGGGGAGUCGGCCCCCGCCUCCUCCCCCGCCCGGGCCGAGAGCCACCCCCCAGCCAGAGGCCGGAGACGGAGCUGGAGCGGCUGCCGCAUCCCGGCCCAGCCUCUCCCACCCAUCCUCCCCCACAGCUGGACAUCUGGACCCUGGGCCCCGCACCCACAGGGUUCCGGAAGCCCUCUCCGCCCAGCUCGGCGGCUGGUCCCCCGCCGCCCUCUUUCCAGAGCCCCCAGCCCUCCUCCAGGCCAGACUUCCGUCCACCCCUGGACGCCCCCUCCCCAUCCCAUCCCUCCCCCCCUCCCCCAGCCUGGACCCGGGUAGGAGGGAGGGGGGGUGUGCGCCCUGCGCCAUCCCCGCCCCGCCCCCCGUGAUUCCCCCUGCAUGGCCGGCCCGGGUGGGGGGCGCGGGGGGGCCCGGGCGCCAUGCGGGGGGGGCACAAGGGGGGUCGCUGCGCCUGUCCCCGUGUGAUCCGAAAAGUGCUGGCAAAAUGCGGCUGCUGCUUCGCCCGGGGGGGACGUGAAUCCUAUUCCGUUGCUGGCAGUGAGGGGAGUAUAUCAGCUUCUGCUGCCUCGGGUCUGGCUGCCCCCUCUGGCCUCAGCUCAGGCCUGAGCUCUGGCCCCUGUUCCCCGGGGCCCCCAGGGCCAGUCAGUGGCCUGAAGAGAUGGCUGGAUCAUUCCAAACAUUGCCUGAGUGUGGAAGCUGAGGCAGACGGUGGCCAGGCUGGACCCUAUGAGAACUGGAUGCUGGAGCCAGCUCUAGCCGCAGGAGAGGAGCUGCCAGGACUGACCUUACUGACCACGUUAUUGGAAGGUCCUGGAGAUAAGACACAGCCCCGGGAAGAGGAGACUUUGUCCCAAACCCCUGAGAGCGAGGAGGAACAGAAGAAGAAGGCUCUGGAAAGGAGUAUGUACGUCCUGAGCGAACUGGUGGAGACCGAGAAAAUGUACGUGGACGACCUGGGGCACAUUGUGCAGGGCUACAUGGCCACCAUGGCAGCUCAGGGGGUGCCCGAGAGUCUUCGCGGCCGCGACAGGAUUGUGUUCGGGAACAUCCAGCAGAUUUACGAAUGGCACCGAGACUAUUUCCUGCAGGAGCUACAGCGGUGCUUGAAGGAUCCUGAUUGGCUGGCUCAGCUAUUCAUCAAACACGAGCGGCGGUUGCAUAUGUACGUGGUGUACUGUCAGAAUAAGCCCAAGUCAGAGCACGUGGUAUCAGAGUUUGGGGACAGCUACUUUGAGGAGCUCAGGCAGCAGCUGGGGCAUCGCCUGCAGCUGAACGACCUCCUCAUCAAACCUGUGCAGCGGAUCAUGAAAUACCAGCUGCUACUCAAGGAUUUCCUCAAGUAUUACAGCAGAGCUGGCAUGGACACUGAGGAGCUGCAGCGAGCAGUGGAGGUCAUGUGCUUCGUGCCCAAACGCUGCAACGACAUGAUGACCUUGGGGAGACUGCGGGGAUUUGAGGGCAAGCUGACCGCUCAGGGGAAGCUCUUGGGUCAGGACACAUUCUGGGUCACAGAGCCUGAGGCUGGGGGGCUGCUGUCUGCCCGAGGGCGAGAGAGGCGCGUCUUCCUCUUUGAGCAAAUUGUCAUCUUCAGCGAGGCCCUAGGAGGAGGCACGCGAGGCGGAAUGCAGCCCGGUUACGUAUAUAAGAGCAGCAUCAAGGUGAGCUGCCUGGGCCUGGAGGGGAACCUCCAAGGGGACCCUUGCCGCUUCGCACUGACCUCCAGAGGGCCGGAGGGCGGCGUCCAGCGCUACGUCCUGCAGGCUGCCGAGCCUGCCGUGAGCCAGGCCUGGAUCAAGCAGGUGGCACAGAUCCUGGAAAGCCAGCGGGACUUUCUCAACGCCUUGCAGUCACCCAUUGAGUACCAGAGACGGGAGAGCCAGACCAACAGCCUGGGGCGGCCAGGGGGCCCUGGGGUGGGGAGCCCUGGGAGAACUCAGCCAGGAGACCGGGCCCAGGCCAGCACACGGACACCCAUCAACGGCUCUCUCCCCUCCCUGCUGCUGAUGCCCAAAGGGGAGGUGGCCAGAGCGCCCUUGCCCCUGGACACACAGGCCCUCCAUGACAUCCCCCAGGCUCCUCGGGACCCUCCCCCAGUCCCUGUGACUCCUCCAACCCCGCCCUGCCAGGCCAGACUUGCUAAGCUGGACGAAGAUGAGCUGUAAGCGGUGAAGGGCACAGGGUGGUGCUCUCUCUGCGACCUGCUCCCCAGGGAGCUCCAGGGCCAUGCCGGCGGUGACUUGGAAGCCUUCUCUCCUGAAGUGUGUGGAGGGGCGAGGCUGGGCAGCUCGGGGAGGAGAACCUGGACCCGCUCCCACCCCUGUGCAUGCCUCACAGUCUCCCCAAAGGGAGGCGAUGAGGGGGAGUGAGAGGGCUGGGGCAAGGGCCAGAUAGAAACUCCUGCUUUAGUUUUUCCUGUUUUCUGAGAAUAAAGGUUUUGUGAUAUCCCC